ACUGCCCAACAAGUUUUGCAAUGUUGUCUUGAUAACAAAUGUACGUGAUGACAAUUUUAUCGUUAGUUUAUAAAAGACAUCGCCAUUGGAUACUCUUCCAUUUUCGGUCAUAUUUUGCCAUCGAAGUAUGAAACUUGUUCUGUGCUGGUUCGUUUUAUUUCAACUUAUAAUCCAGGGUCAUCUGGUUCCCACCGAAGAAGAUCAUCAAUGGCACUUCACAGUGGAUGAUGAAGGUCGCUUGCACAUAUUUUCUAGUGAGUCGAAUACCGUUGGCAUAUAUUCGGACGUAAAUCCACUGUUCCAGCCGGAGAAGGACAUUCGAUUUUUGUUGUACACCCGCUCGACAGGCGAUAGUCCCCACAGGAUUGCAAACAAUGAUUACGAGUCGAUAACGAGUUCACGUUUCAAUCCCAAUCAUCCCACACGAGUAAUUAUUCACGGAUGGGGUGGAAGCCAGAAUUCAGUAAUAAAUCGGGUUAUACGAACGGAGUUGUUGAAUGUCGGGGAGUUUAAUGUUAUUUUUGUCGAUUGGAGUGCUGGAAAUGAUCCGUUUUAUCCGAAUUCACGGCGUCUGGUAUAUCCGGUUGGAAUUGCGACAUCCAAUUUGAUCGAUUAUCUUGCCAAAGUGGCAGAUCUAAAUCGCGAUGACGUGGUAGUGAUCGGCCACAGCUUAGGAGCCCAUGCAGCCGGCAACGUCGGUAAAGGGCAAUACGGAAAACUGCCAACAAUCAUCGGGUUGGAUCCUGCACUUCCGUUUUUCGCUGGAGACGUAACCGAUAGGAUAAAGCAAACCGAUGCCGAGUAUGUGGAAAUCAUUCACACAAACGGCGGGGCCGCUGGUUUCCUGGAACCGAUUGGUGAUGCGGAUUUCUAUCCGAACUGGGGUCGAAUACAGCCGGGAUGCGGAGUCGAUAUCGAUGGAGGCUGUGCCCAUCAGCGGGCGGUAGAUUACUAUGUGGAAUCAAUAUACUCACGAAUUGGAUUCAAUGCGGUUCAGUGUGCAAGUUUCCAAGAAAUUCGAAGCGGUGUGUGCUCUAGCACUGGAAAAGUCGCUAAAAUGGGCGGUGAACCUCCCAACAGAGGAUCGUCAGUGCGUGGUGUGUUCUACUUUAGGACUUCCGAUGCCAGACCAUUUUCCAUUGAAUGUUAAAAUGUAAUGCAUCGAAUAUCCAAAUGAUAAAUUAUUUGUAUUGUGAUUUCAAAACCCUUGCAUAUGUUAAUGUUUAGGACUUGAAAUCAUCAUGUAGAUAUUAUCAUAAUUUCUGUUGCUGAAUGUGUAACUAAACGAGUUAUAUUUGUAAUGGCAGCGAAUAGGUAUGGAAUUUUGGCAUUAAAAAUGUCUCUUCACUAUACGGAGCCGGGAAGGUAUUAAAAGAUUCAAAA